CAUCGAUGCCCCACUUCAUCACUCAGGCGACAAGAUGGAGAGCGACAAGCUAGAGCAUACCGUUUCUGAGCAUAUCGAACAGGACGCUCCGGCGACGAAACAAGACGCGCAUGUGGACGUUGGGCAGAUCCAACAGCAGAAUGCCGAUCUCUUCUAUGAAGCACUUGAGCGUUUCGGGAACGAUGGAGAUAUCGAUCCAGAGGUGGAGAAGAAGCUUGUAAGGAGGCUCGACUGGAAGAUCCUGAUUCCCAUUGGUAUCUGUUACUUUUACUACUACGUUGAUAAAACCACGUUGUCAUAUGCGGCCAUUUUCGGGAUCAAGGACUCGUUGCAUCUGCACGGAACACAAUACAGCUGGCUUUCGAGCAUCUUCUACUUUGGAUGGCUAGUCUGGGCAAUACCCUCAAAUCUCAUCAUGCAAAAGUCUCCACCGGCCUACUAUCUUGCCGCCAAUAUUUUCAUGUGGGGUGUGUUACUUAUGUGUCAAGCUGCAUCAAAGAACUUUGCGACGCUCGCUGCCCUUCGAGUCCUGGGAGGCGCCUUUGAAGCUAUCGCCGAUCCAGCCUUCAUGUUGAUAAUCAGCAUGUUCUAUACUCGAGAAGAGCAGCCGUGGCGGAUCUCAAUCUACUACGCCUUCAAUGGGGUCGGUGUAGCAGGUGGUGGAUUGAUUGGCUACGGGAUCGGUCAUAUCAAGGGCGCUCUCGAAUCCUGGCGAUACGAAUUCCUGAUUGUCGGCGCUUCAUGCUGCGUCUGGGCUAUUGUCAUUGCUAUCUGUCUACCCAACUCGCCGGCGACUUUCCGCGGAUUUUCUCACGACGAAAAACUGAUGAUGAUCGCGAGGAUGCGUAAGAACCAGACCGGUAUUCAGCAUCGAGUCAUCAAGUGGGAUCAGGUCAAAGAGACUGUGACAGACUACAAAUCAUACCUGUUCUUCCUCUUGGGCUUCUUUGCCAACAUCCCAAAUGGUGGCAUUAGCAACUUCUCCACACUUGUCAUCGAGGGACUCGGCUUCAACAGACUCAAGACUUCUCUCUUGGGUAUCCCUCAAGGUGCCCAGGUGGUCCUCUGGAUCCUCGGUGGCGCAUACCUCAACGGGCGACUCCCGAAAAAUAGUCGAACAAUCGUCUGCGCCCUUUGCAUGCUUCCAACCAUUGCCGGCGGGAUAGGAUUCAUCGCAGCACCUGAACAUGCUUAUAUCGGUCGCCUGAUCUGCUUCUGGUUGACAAACUCCUACCAAGCCAGCUUUGUUCUAUGCCUUUCUUUGAUCACUUCGAACACUGGAGGCCAAACCAAGCGUUUCUUGGUGUCAGGCUUGAUCUGGGCAGGAGCUUGCGUGGGGAAUAUCUCAAGCCCCUUCUUCUACAAAGCAAGUCAAGCACCGAAAUACAGUCUCGGCAUCGGAUCCCUCCUAGUUGCCAAUUGCGUCGAGCUUUUGCUCUUUAUUGUCUUCCGCUACGCCUUCAUUUGGGAGAACAAGAAGAAAGCCAAGCAGAGGGAGGGUCUCAAUAUCACUGAAGCUGAGAAAAACGCCACAGCCUUUCAAGACCUUACGGACGGUCAGAAUGUCAACUUUGAGUAUGUAUACUGAGAGUCUGGAGUUGUGUACAAUGAGCUUUGGGAGAAUCACUGGUUGUAUGACUUGAAAGUUGCAAGGUUUGGUCUUUGGGAUAUGGAACACAGCGGUAUUGGCGAUGUCAAUGCCU